GGGUCAGAGCAUCUGUACCAGCCAGGCCAGGUGCAGGGCUCCAGGAUGCCCUGUUCCUUCUGCUCUCUGACCAUGGCCCUUUCAGGAAUUCCCCAGUUUGUGAUGAAGGAACAAAAGGGUACCCACAGGGACUCAACCUCAAGUGAGCCCUUGUGCUCACCUUCCUAACCCAGCCGCCUGGCAUUUGGCUCCAGGCUGGGCACUGGGGGCCCACGGGCUGGGUGGGUGAGGGGCCAGGGUCAGGAAAGAACAGGGAGUCCCUUGAUGGGGUUAGGAGCUUCGAGGACAGUUCCUUCAUUCCUGAACACACCUGCUGGGGUGGUGAGGGGUCCUGAGUGCCAUCAGCUUUGCUGACAGUGCCCCUUCCCCAAAGUGGGAAGAGUCUGGCCCUCUGGAGAUUGGAAAAAAGUAUCACCCCACCCCACCACCCUCCCUGCACCCUCCUGGCCCAGUUGUGCUUACACCCACAGGCACACACAUGCCCAGAUACAGAGCUCUUUCCAAACUGUCACCUUGGUUACACCAAGGGACAAGAGAGAUCAGCCCCACUUUGCAGGACAGCAAAUUGAGGGAACAGGCUCAGGCCACAGCCUGAGGCGGGGUCGGGCCUCAGGAGCUGCUGCAGAAGCCUGAAGUACCCCCCUGGGGGAGGGCUGAAUCAGUGGGAGAGCUGCAGCUUCCCAGAUGGUGGGAUGAUCCCCUAAAGGAACGCCUUGCCCUUGGUGUACAGCGGGGAGACCUAUACAAGAGAGGCUGUGGUCUUGGGGCAGGUGGUCGUCUCGGGCCCACAGCAGAAGGGAAGGACACCCUCCCACCCCAGCCUCAAAAGGCAAGAGCACUGGGAUUCAAGGUGCCUUCCCCUUUCAUCUUCUGUCCUUGCCUGGUGGCCUUGGCAUGUCACUCCCGGCCCCCAGCCUCCAUCUCCUUCCUCAUCUUUAAAUGGGCAUCGUAGCGCCACCCCCAUUAAUUGAGAGAUUCCGUUUAAAAGGCUUUGCUCCAGUGAAUACCAGUGAUUGUGGCUGGCACUCGGCCCUGGGAUCAGAGCCUGUGCCUGGUGAUCUCAGAACUCGGUCUUCCCUGCCGGGGGCCCUGCCUGGACACCACCCCCUCAGACCCUCUCUGCAGUGGCCUGCCAGUGAGCCCUCAAGACUUAGCCACUCCCCUCAACCUCCCCACUAACAAACAGCUGCCUUGCCUACCCCCACUGUCCUCUGGCACUUUCCAGUCCUCCGGAAUCUGCAGCGGCUACACCAUGCGUUCCCAGGGCUUUGCACUCACCUUCCUCAUUGUUCCACUGUUGGUGUGCGGAGACUCGAGUGACACCUGGUGCUAUGACUCCCAGGACCCGAAGUGCGGCCCCACCCACUGGAAGGAGAUGGCCCCUGCCUGUGGGGGCCCAGCCCAGUCCCCCAUCAACAUUGACCUUCACUUAGUCCAGCGGGACCCCACCCUGGGACCUUUCAUCUUCCAAGGCUACAACUCAGCACCUCCAGGCCCAUGGACCCUGGAGAAUAAUGGCCAUACAGUGGUGCUCCACGUGGACGCUGGCCCGCAGAGCCUCCUGGAGAUUCGGGGCGCUGGGCUGCCCCUGCCUGCCUACCGCGCGCUGCAGCUGCACUUCCACUGGGGGGGCCCUGGGCAAGCAGGCUCAGAGCACAGCCUGGAUGGGCAGCGCCGCCCCAUGGAGAUGCAUGUGGUCCACAUGAACACGAGGUACCAGAGCCUGGGGGAGGCGCGAAGUCACCCUGACGGGCUGGCUGUGCUGGCGGUGCAGCUGGCGGAGCAGGACACUGACAAUGCCAACUUUUCCGCCCUUGUGUCGGGCCUGAAGAAUGUGUCUCAGCGCGGGGCCUCAGUGAAUCUGACAUCCACUUUUCCACUGGCCUCGCUGCUGCCGGGUACCUCCAGCCUCUUGCGCUACUACCGCUACGCAGGGUCACUGACCACACCUGGCUGCCAACCUGCGGUUGUCUGGACGGUCUUCGAGGACCCGGUCCCCAUCGGGCGCGCGCAGGUGGCCCAGUUCCAGACUGUGCCCCAGGCCGGGCUCCCUGGCUCAAGCCCCACACCGCUCAGGGAGAAUUUCCGCCCGCAGCAGCCUCUAGGGGGGCGCAGGGUAUUGGCCUCUUUCGGUGCCUCCAUCCGUGCAGCAGCCUCGGUCCCCACUGCGUUCCUAGCCUGUGUGCAUGGGGCUCUGCUGAGCCUGGGCCUCAACUUGUGGCUCCAGCAGGACCCCUAGGAGCCAGAUUCAACCCCUUCCCACAAUAAACGAUGCAGAGUGACCUUGCCCUCACGUACCUUG